AUGGCUGGUGUGGCGAAAUUAUUUGAUGGACAUAUUCUCAAUAAAUCAAAUAAAGAAGUUGAUCUUUAUGGUAAAAAAUAUAAAGGAAAAAUAAUUGGUCUUUAUUUUAGUGCUCAUUGGUGUCCACCAUGCCGUGCUUUUACUCCAUUAUUAAAUGAACUUUAUAAUGAAUAUCAUAAAGAAAAGAAAUUUAAAAUUAUUUUUAUAAGUUGUGAUAAUGAUGAAAAAUCAUUUAAUAGUUAUUAUAAAGAUAUGCCUUGGCUAACAUUAGAUUUCAACGAACGAAAGAAAAAAGAAGAAUUAUUAAAAAAAUUUCAUGUUAAUGGAAUUCCAAAAUUAGUUUUACUUGAUGGUGAUUCAGGAAAAAUUAUUUGUACUAAUGCAACAGAACAAAUUUUAUAUAUGGAUCCUGAAGGAAAAAAUUUUCCAUGGAAAUCAAAAAAAUAG